AUGCGAAUCACAACAACGACACUUUUCGUGGGGAUCGUCCACGGGGCGUGGCUUCAGGCUCCACUACCGACCUGUGCCUUUCCUUGGACGAUCCCGCGAUCCCGCACCGGCACAAUGGGAUCGCCGUCUCGAUUGUCGACGGCAUCCGCCUUUCGACUCGACAGCCAACCCCCGAAGCAUUCGCGUCUCGAAGGAAAUCUCCGCAAUCCGACUCCGGAAGAACUCGCCGUCAUGGACGAAAUGAUACACAAACUAGCCGACGCCAAACUAUACGACCUCCCCAACGCUGUCCGACGAGCCUUUCGGGUCGUCUCCAGUCCCCCAUUCUUUCUGCGCAUCGCGCAACUCAGCGACCAAGCCGCCAACGACACUGACCGGGAAAAACUUGCCGUCCUCGCGGCGAAUCUCGUCACCACGCUGGAAACCGUCGUGGAAACGACGGAGGAACAACUCGACGAACGCGCCCAGGAAGUCGAACGCGUCGUCAAGGCCGCCGCCGAACCCGACACGGGAGAAUUCCUCGUACCACUACUACCCGUGCGCGUAAAAGCAAUGCGGGAACAACUGGACAAGUUGGAAGAAUCGUCCUUGGACGAAAGCUUCCUCUCUACCGUGGACGCCUGGAUGAACAAGUCGCACCAGGACGGUAUGGAUCUCAUGGUUGGUAUUCUGCAAAAGGUUCUGCAACUCUACGCUGGUCGGCAAGUCUCGCGGGCACUGGAUCGGCAGGCGGAUCAAGGAGUGCCAGUAUCGCCGGCACACGGGGUCUUUCGGAAACUUUUGGAAACCGACGCGGAUGCCUGGGAUGCCGUACUGGCGCAGGCCUCACGCGACGAGCUAGCCGUCACGCACAAGCAUACCAUGAAGGUCAUGGAAAGUUUGGUUCUCUCGCUCGAAACCGGAUCCAUGGCCCAACGAGUGCAAGCGGAAUAUUUAAAAGAAUUGGCCAACCGGAUCGAAUCCGUCCAAACGAAAGCGUGAUGCAACGGUAAUUUCCCGCAAACCUAGUGUCCGACACUACCACCAACCAUCGUCUGCUUG